CAGAUAAUAUCAAAGUCAGCUCUGACGGAUCCGUUAUGACCAUCAGCAGUGCUCACCCUGUCAACCACGGCGCCUACCGCUGUGUGGCGAGCAACCCGUUCGGCAUCACCCACACCAUCGUGUCUUUGAUUGUCAAAGAGUCUCCUGUGGCCACCGUCACUCCUGUUGGACCCGUGCGCAUCAGGGUGGGCGAACCCAUUAACCUGGAAUGCCAGGCGUCAGGAGAGCCGCGCCCCUCGGUCUCAUGGCACCGACUGGACAGCAACCGCAAGACCAUGCUGAGCAGCCCGGUGCCCAUGGAGUCCAACGCAGUCAUGCAGAUACUCGUGGCACGUCCAGAAGACAGCGGCACGUAUGUGUGCACAGCUCGCAACAACGAGGGCUCCACGGAGACCAAGGUGGAGGUCCUUGUUGAGGGAGGCUCCCAAGUCCCGUCGGUGCCCAGAGCGUCUGUUCCUGAGCCGCUCAUGAUUGUGGUGGAGGGACAGACUGCCACGCUGCGCUGCGAGGCUCACGGUUUCCCCUCUCCGACCAUCACCUGGUCCAAGCUGCGCUCUCCUCUGCCCUGGAGACACAAGAUCGUCAACAGCAGCUUGGUGCUGCCCAGCGUCGGCCGGCAGGACUCUGGAGAAUACAUCUGCAGAGCCACCAACAACAUGGGCACCACUGAGGUCACCAUCAUGCUGGAUGUGGAAACUCUUCCUUAUGCCACGUCUGUGCCCGAUGACGUGGCCGUGCGGGUCGGGGAGGUGAUCAGGCUGCAGUGCCUGGCUCACGGCACGCCUCCUCUGACCUACACCUGGAGCAAGCUGGAUGGAGGCCUGUCCCCGAGGGCUCAGGUCAGCGGAGGCGACCUCCAGAUCAACCUGGCUACUGCCGAGGAUGCUGGGAGCUACAAGUGUGUGGCCAGCAACAAAGUGGGCAACAGUGAAGUGGUGGCCAAGGUCACAGUCAGAUCCCCUCUGGCAGUGCGUGUGUCACCCCAGGUCGAGGUAAAGGCCCAGGGCAGCGCGGUGGAGUUCACCUGUUCGGCGGCCGGCGGGAUCGAAACCAAAAUCGAGUGGCUGAAAGAAGGAGGUGCUCUGCCGCCUAACCACCACGUCAAGGAUGGCGUGCUCAGGAUCGAGAAUCUUGAACAGAGCAAUGAAGGUGUUUACAUCUGCAGAGCGAGCAGUGUGUACGGUCAGGCCCAGGACACAGCCAGACUCACCAUCCAGGCCCUGCCGAAGGUGAUGAUCAACGUGCGUACCUCAGUGCAGACUGUGAUGAUCGGCAACUCCGUGGAGUUUGAAUGCCAGGCGGUCGGGGACCCGGAGCCCACGGUGCAGUGGAGUAAAGUCGGCGGGUCGCUGCCGGCCCACAUCAUGGUGAAGGGCGGCAUGCUGAAGAUCGAGCGAGUGACGGAGGCCGACGCCGGGCAGUACCGCUGCACCGCCACCAACGACGUGGGCUCGGUGCAGUCCCAGGUGGUGCUGAACGUGCAGUCCCUUCCUCAAAUUGCUGCACUGCCAGAAACAAAAGAGGUGACGGUCGGGUCUGAUGCUGUCUUGCCCUGCGUGGCCUCUGGGUAUCCUGUACCUGAGAUCAAAUGGUCCAAGCUGGACGGAGAGCUUGCUCCAAAGUGUUUCCAGGAUGUCAACGUGCUGACGGUUCCUCGCGUAGCCUACGAGGAUUCUGGGACAUACGUGUGCACCGCCUCUAACAAACAGGGCAAAGUGGAGGCCUUUACUACUCUUCAGGUUCACGAGAGAGUGAUGCCGUACUUUGCUCAGGAACCUUUGUCCUACCUCACUCUGCCCACCAUCAAGAACGCCUACAAGUCUUUCAGCAUCAAGAUCAACUUUAGACCUGAUAAUGUCGAUGGUCUCAUUUUGUACGCUGGUAUGAUUCUCUACAACGGCCAGAGACGAACCACGGGAGCCGACUUUAUCUCUCUGGGACUUGUGGGCGGUCGCUUGGAGUUCAGGUUUGACGUCGGCUCCGGCAUGGCCACGAUACGAGACCCCAACCCCAUCAAGCUGGGAGAGUUCCACACCGUCGAGCUGUAUCGCAACCACACCCUGGGCUACAUCACCGUAGACGGAGGGGAGCCGAUCAACGGCAGCUCACAGGGCAAGUUCCAGGGUCUGGAUCUGAACGAGGAGCUGCACGUGGGCGGUUACCCCAACUACACGGCCCUCGCCAAAACCGCUGGCAUCAAGACAGGGUUUGUUGGCUGCAUCCGACAACUGGUCAUCCAGGGGGAGGAAGUCAUCUUCAAAGACCUUGACCGCAGCUCGACCGGCGUCUCCAACUGUCCCACCUGCAAAGAUCACCCAUGUCAGAACGGCGGCAGGUGCGAGGACUCAGACGCCAGCUUGUAUAAGUGCAGCUGCCCCAGAGGAUUCACCGGCAGCAACUGCCAGCACCACUCGUCCCUGCACUGUCACUCAGAGGCCUGCGGACCAGACGCCACGUGCAUCAACCGACCCAACGGCCUCGGCUACGACUGCCGCUGCCACCUCGGGAAGUUUGGAAACAAAUGCAUGGAUGGGGAACUGGUGACCACUCCACUGUUUGAUGGAAAGGAGACGUACAUAGCCUAUCCUCCCCUGACCAAUAUCCACGAUGACCUGCGAGUCGAGAUGGAGUUCAAGCCGCUGCGUGGAGACGGCCUGAUGUUCUUCUGCGGUGGGAAGAAAAUGAAGGUGGAGGAUUUCGUAGGCAUCUCCAUGGUGGAGGGACAUGUAGAGUUCAGAUACGAACUGGGAACAGGCCAGGCAAUCCUCCGCAGUCCCGAGCCCGUGUCUCUGGGCCAGUGGCACAGAGUUGUGGCCGAGCGGAACAAGCGGGUCGGCCACCUGAAGGUCGACCAAGGCCAAGUGGAGAGGAAGACAUCUCCGGGAAAAGCCCAGGGCCUCAAUAUCCACACGCCCAUGUACUUGGGAGGAGUCCCCAAUAUGGACAUCCUGCCUAAAGCCGCCAACGUCAGCGAAAUGUUUGGGGGAUGUAUCGGAGAGGUUUCCAUCAACAACAAGAAGGUGGAUCUGUCCUACAGCUUCACAGAAAGUAGAGCUGUCCUCAAGUGCGUGGACAACAGCCCCUGCGACCGCCGGCCAUGCCUGAACGGAGGUCACUGCAUGUCCAGCGCUGAGUACGAGUACCAGUGUCUCUGCAAGGAUGGAUUCGAAGGUGAGCGUUGUGAGGUGGUGAAAGACGCGUGCCAGAGCGACCUCCAGUGCCAGAACGGCGGCAGCUGCGUCAGCGGUCAGUGUGUGUGCGUGCCCGGGUACGCAGGCCUCACCUGCGAAGAGAGCCACGUCUCCAGCUUCCCAGCGGCCCUGCGGAAUUUGCAAGCCAGCGUGGCAAAUGAUUCUCCUUAUCAAUAUGCAGCUCAUUUCCACAAUGACGGAUACGUCGCCCUCCCGAAAUCCAUUUUCCCAAGAAGCGCCCAUGACUCACCAGAGACCAUCGAACUGGAGAUCAACACUGGCUCCUCUGAGGGUCUGAUCCUGUGGCAGGGUGUGGAGACCAAUGGCGCUCGCAAUUUGCGAAAGGUGCAUGCUAGUAAAAAGGUAUCGACUCAAACACAAGACACGUCCCAUUUAUUUGGCAUGUUUCAUACCGUGCAUCCUUUCUCAUGAACACAUCACCUCUGGAGAACCACAUGAUCUGUG